AUGAUCCGACUGAGCCGACCCAGUUUUAUAUUUAUUUUCCUACACAUUAAUAAGCAAAGUUGCUUCUACCUGACUGCUUUCACUUUCUCUUUUUCUUCUUCUUCCACCUCCUCCUCCUUCGAUUUUUUGUCUCUUGCCGCUCCUCUGCCGACGCUGAGCGCUUUCUUCCCGCUCAAAUUCUCCGUAACCGCUAGCGCGCUCUCACUCGCUCCGUCAAACCACGCUGCUUGCUCUUCUCGUCAGAUCCACCAGCGUGUUCCUGCAAUUUUUCCUUCACCGUCCGGAUUUUUUAUCGUAAUUUUUUUCAUUUCUUUUAUCUCAUUUAACUUACACAGUCACUGUGAUUCUAUCUAUCUAUCUAUCUAUCUAUCUAUCUAUCAUUUCCUCCUCCCCUAUUUAUUUCUCUACAUCGUGUGUACAGUUUCCGCAUCUUGCCUUGAAACGGAGGGUAUCAGUUCCUACGUUUACGCGCUUGCAUGCGUGUCCGCCUACUUCCUACUUGCUGUCAUUUGUUGUCCACUAUUUACGGGUCUACUUCUCGCUAAGGACUACAACGAAGACGACUCACGCAGACAGCCUAAAGUUCUCCGUAUGGAGAAGCAGACGGGUCACGACUCGUCAGGCGGAUCGCAUCACUUUACAGAUACGGUGGUGACCCUUAAAUUCGAGGAGAGGAUUUCGGCCAAAACGAAACGGACGAUGACCCGACUGGCUACCGUGAUUGCCUACAUCUUUUCGGUAUCCUUACCGGCUUUUAUUCUGGCCGUAUAUUACAUUUCAUUUUGGAACCACGAAUAUCCGCAAAGAAUCGCACCGAAACCCCCAGAGUCUUCGACAGUGACGCACUGA